UCGCCUUCGCAUUCGCACUGCUUGCAGGAGCGACGAAGCAGUGAACCACUUGAGCAACGAAGAAAACGGACGACUCGGUGGCCUCCACAUGAAGACCAUGUCGCGCUUCGGCCUGCGCCGCGGCUUCAAGUUCUCGGAGGAGCAGGUCAACCCAGCACCCAAUCCCCGCAAGAAGCGGUUGGCCAGGCAGGAGGAUCUGCAGGAGGAGCAGGAGCAGCUGGAGGAUCAGCGGGAGCAGGAACAGGCGCCACUCUCGCUGAUCUGCAGCCUGCCGCUGGAGCGGCUGCCCCGCCUGGUGGAGAAGCUGCAUCAGCUGACGGAGGAGCGGGAGAGGGAAGAGGCCACCGGAGGAGGAUCAGGAUCGAAGGUCCUGUGUCUGUACUGUGAUAGGAAGUUCGCCUCCGCAAAGCUGCAGGCCAAGCAUGUGGACAAGUUCCACACGGAGCGGCAGGAGCGUCGCUGCAGCGGCCGUUCCACCAGUUCCAGUUCCUCCUUUUCCGCCGGUGGAAGCGGAGCAAGUGGCUUCCCCAACUGCCAGUGGUGCUCCAUGCAGCAGCAGGGGAAUCGCCGCCACCAGGCCACGCCCCCCCAUCAGAUCUGCCUGCCGGAGAAGCAUCUGGAGCAGCUGUUCCGCCAUCUCAGCGUGGAGCAUGCGGACAAGUACUUUGGCUGCCAGCCGUGCCGCCUGCGAUUCCAGGAUGCGGAUCAGCUGGUGGGUCACCAGAGGAAGCAGCAUCCGCUGGAGGAUUCCAAGCCCGGGCUGAUGGGCGCCGAUGAGCCGGUGCUCUUUCGCUUGGGUCUCACCCAGAAUCGUUUGCCCAGCCAUCGGAAUCGCAGUGGCCAAAUGCAGCGGAAGGAGGAGGAGCCGCCGCCCAAAUCCAGGAGCAGCAGCCGGGCGGCGGCACAAAGGUUGAAUCAGCAGCAGAAUCAGCAGCAGCAGCAGCUGCAGACCACGUCGUCAUCCUCGCAGCAGGUGGCUCCAAACCAGGAGGCGGCCCAUCCGGAGGCAGUCUUCCGGCUGCCCGCCUGCGCCGCCUCCUCCUCCGCUGGAAACUCCUCCUCCGCCAUCUCCCUCUUCGACGACAAGUUCUACCAGGAUGUGGUCCUCAAUGUGCGCCACAAUCUGCAGAAUCACCUGGACGGCCGGCUGCUGGACACAUCCUCCUCCUCCGCCUCCGCUAACCAGAAAACCGAACUCAUCAUGCUGCACGGACCCAGCCAGCUGGCGGGAACCUAUCCCACGCUCCUCACCGCCGAGCAGUUCGGAGGAGGAGCCGCCGGGGAACUCCUGCCACUGGCCAAGUUCCGCAGGAGACCGCACACCAAGCACAGCUGGAAGUGGAAGUGGGACUAUGUGAAGAAGUUCACGCUGAUCAACGAGGGCGGUCGGCUGGUGAAGAAGCCGAAGCAGCCGAAUAGCCAGGGACUGCGCGAUCUCAGCAAGCUGGACAUGUGGACGCAGCUGACGAUGCGCCAGAAGCACGAUCUCUCGCUCUCGCCGGCGAAGGAGGAGGAGGAGCAGGAGCAGCGCCGCUUGCUGGAGCAGCUCAAUCUGAUCCUGGAUCACCGCCUGCUGCCGCACAUCAUCCUGGAGCAGAGCGAGCAGGCGGUGAUCAAGUGCGAGGUGGAGGAGGAGCAUGAUGAGCGGGAUGGCCGAGAUUCUGGCGAGGAUCUCCUACCGCAAACCUUUGCCGACGAGAGUUUCCUCUCCCUGCUGCAGCUGCAGUCUAAAACCAAGAGCCAUCUGGAGAGGAUUCCGGAGCAGGAGAGUCUAAGGAAAGCUGUCGUGCUCAGCGGCGAGUGGGCGCGGCCACGCCUCUAUCUGUGCAUCUGCUGCGGCGCCAAGUUCGAUCAGCGCAAGUCGCUGGAGGAGCACAAGACCUUCCGCCAUUCGCACAUCUAUGCCACGCAUUAUGAGGUCGUUGGACGUGAAUUGCUGGCGGGGAAUCUCCUCCGUCAUCUCUUCAUCCCCAAGAGAGCUUUGUCGCGCUUUGCCGCCGCGAGCAACUGCAUCCGCUGGCCGCAAAUAGCAGCAGGAGCUGCUCCCAAGCAGGAACAGGAGCAGCGUCUUCAGCCGGAGGAGGAGACCAGGUCCUCGGCCUCCUCGCGUUCCUCCUACGAGGUGUCCACACCCACUCCGCUCUCGGGAUCCUCGUCGUCCUCCUGCUCGCCCAGCUCCUCGUCCAAUGCAGCCACCACCACGACCACAUCCUCCUCCUCCGCCUCGUCCUCCUCCUCCUCCGCUCCCUCCAGCUGCACCAAGUGCGGCCGCAAGUGCAGCGGCCUGAUGGAUCUCUAUCGCCACAUGCUCGACUGCUCCGGCGACUAUGUGUGGUCGCUGGCCAAGAAGCGCAAGUAUCGCUACUACUGCGGCACCAAGAAGCGGCGCGCCUUCUCCAAGAAGCCACUCAAGCUGCAGCAGCUCCAGCUCUCCGCCCGCAAGAAGGAGAAAAUGGAAGUGGAGGGGGAGGCGGAGGAGGAGGCAGAAGGCGAGGAGAGCGGCUGCAGUUCGUCAAAAUUGAAGAACUCACCGCGCCAAAGGCCCAGCGAUGCUGAAUCCAUUCGCAAGAUGCUGGAGAACCUGCCCGCCAAGCGCAUCUGCAAGAAGAUCUUUCCCGUGGACAACAAGGCCAAAAGGAAGGCCAAAUCCAUGGCGAAAUCCAAGUCAAAAUCCAAGCAGCAGAGGAGCAGCACGAAGAGAAUCUACAAUCAGCAUUUGCUGCGCAACACGCGCUCCCGUUCGCGUUCCUCGGUGGUGGCCACCGGCUCCUCCGCCGCCGCCGCUGUUGCAGCCGCCCAGCAGCAGCGGAGUCGCCGCAAGCAGAAGCAGCAGCAAAAGCAACAGCAGAAGCUUAAAUCUCCACCAGAAACGCAAAAGGAAGCAGCGGAAACGAAGGAACUGGAAGAUAAAUCGGUUGAAAAACCGCCCGCAAGCAUAGUCACUGCCAAGUCGCGUUCUCCCGCCGAGGAGAAGCCAUCCCUUCCCGAGGCAGUUGCUCCAAUUGCUGCCGCCUCCUCCGUAGCUUCCUCCGUUCAGGAAAUGGAGCCCGCAUCGCCCACUUCCUCCAGCAAGCAGCUUAUGCCCACACCGCCCACAACUCCGGCGCCACCGGCUACCAAAUCCCCGCCAGCAACUGCAGCUGCAUCUGCAUCUGCUCCAGCUACUCCAGUUCCAGCCACUCGACUGGCCACGCCCAAUUCCACGGUGAAGCGGAGCAAGAGGAUCAGCGACUGCAUAGCCAUGCUUACUGGGAAACUGGAGGAGAAGCUGAAAACGGAGCAGGUGCCGCCGCUUUUGGAUAAGGAGAAGGAGAAGGAAAAGGAGAAGGAUAAGGAGCAGGUUAAAGAGAAGGAGCAAGAGAAGGAACAGGAGAAGCCAGUGGAAAAGGAGUCACCUGCUCCUCCGCCCGCUGAAAAGGAUCGCCUGCAGCCAAAGACGCCCAAACGCAAGGCGGUUUCGCGGCGAAUCAUCAAAGUGGAUGCCACAACGGAGCACCAGGUGGUGGUGGAGGAGUCGGCUAGUAACCCAGUGGAGCUGCCCAAAGUGGUAGCUAUUCCAGCUCCAGCUGUAGUUGCAGUUCCUCCGCCUGCAGCUGCUGUUCCUUCUGUUCCGGUGCCUCCUCCUGUUUUUAGCAGCCUCCCAGUGGCUGCUCCUCUUCCUCCUGCUCCUCCUGCUGCUGCUCCUUUGGAACCACCUGCUCUGCCCUUUGCUCCUCCACCCAGGCGCACGCCCACCAAGGCGGCGGCCAAGCAGAUGGCUGCCCCGCCACCGAAACCCGCCUCUUUGGCCGCCUUGAAGCAGUAUCCUCCAGUGGAAGCCAUGGCACCAGUACCAUUACCAUUACCACUACCAGUUGCAGUUCCACUACCUGUUCCCGUUCCAGUGCCUGUGAACAUGCUCUCCAAGCUGCCGCUGUAUAUGCCGCAGCUCCAGGGGAAUCCUAAUUCGAAUCCCAAUCCCCCAGCUGCCAGCAGCAUGUUCAUGAUGGAUCAUCAGCCUUUGAACCUCACUAGUCAGCGGGGAGUGCUCCAAAAACCCUUGAUUACCGGCACAACGGGGGAUCCUGGCAUCCUGGGACUCCAGCAGCAGCAUCAUAGGUCAAGUGGAAUGCCCGCGAGGCGGCAGACAAUCUGCGGAUUCGAGGCAAGGAACUUGAUUGGCUUAGACGUGGAAAUGGAGCCACUGGAUCUGUCCAAGAAGUCGAGCAGAAAGCAGGAGGCACCGCCGCCGUUGAGGAUGCAGCAGGAGCAGCUCCCGAUGCCUCUAAUGCCGCUGCCCUUGGUGACGGCACCUCCACCAGCACCACUUCAACCGCAGCCAGGAGUUCCUGCUCCACUGGCCUCUCACUAUUACUCCAAUCUGGAUCUGCUCAAGAUACCGCAGGUGCGCAAUCCUGGCAAUGUGCCCUCCACCGGUGGACCGCCAACUGUUGCGAUUUCCGCCUCUGUAACCGUUCAUCCGCAUCCCCAGCAUCCCCCUCUUAAUCCCGUCAAGAGUUCGGGCGGCAAGAAGCGCUCCACGGAGGGUGGUGGUGGCUCCAAAAAGGAGCACAGCAAGGCGCAGACGAAGAUGUGUCCACGGAUGGACGAGGUGGUCAACAAUCACAUAGACGAUGCCAUCAACUCGGUCAUAAUGGCCGUCCAGGCGAGUUUGCCGGCUGACGAAGAGGAGGAGGAGCUGGCCAAGAAGGAGAAGGAGAUAUCACCAGCUAUUCCUGCGGUGGUUGUUCCACCUGCUCCCGCCAAGAACUUGACGCCCAAGAAGCGUUCCAUGCGCUCGCGAACCAUCGACUGUCGCUCGGCUUUGCUGGCCUCCAUGGAGGAGCCUCUUCCGGUGGCUCCUCUGCAGCUGCCGGUGAAUGGGGACUCCAAGGAAGAGAUGCCGCCAGUUGAGGUUCUAGUAACUGCUCCUCCUGCAGCUCCAGCUCCUCUGGUGACCCAACUAACCGCCCUAGUCAAAAGUCCGGAAGAAAGUCAUCCUGUGAGCAGCGCACCUGAACCGGUGGCCUCUCCACCGCCGCCAGUGGAGGAGCAGCAGUCGCCAGACUCCCCAGAUCCUGUAGAGACACCUCUUCCUACUCCUGUUCCGGUAUCCGUGAUUUCAGUGGCUCCUGCUUUGCCGCUCCCGCCUCGAAUAGCCACUCCUCCUCCAACGACAAUAACCGAGACGAACUGCAGCUCUUUGAUGGAGGAGCACAGCAGCAACCUGAACAACAACACCUCCUCGGGAUUCCACAGCCUCGCUCAGUCAGAGCAGCCUACUCCAAUAGUGACCAGCACCCCGGCAGUUAAGGAAACUCCACCGCCAAGCGCUCCAAAGGAGGAGGAGGAGCUGCUGCCCGCCAAGCAGAAGAAGCAGCGUCGGAGGAGGAAGAACGAACUGGCCGCCAUUGUGGCGGAUCAACUGCUCGAGAGCUUCAAGAUCGACAAUGCCCGCCGGGAUAACCUGAAGAAGCUGGAGAAUCUGGCGUACGAGAAGAGCGAGGAUCUGCUGCUCACCGGAAUGCUGCUCAUGUCCAGCACCAAGCGGAAUGCGGCACUGGGAACUUCCUCUGCUGCCUCGGCGGCCAAGCUGAAGAAGGAGGAGGAGUUGCCGGCCAAUCCUCCCGUGCGCGGCAGGCCAAAGCGUCGCCAGAGUUGCUACUAUCGCAGGGGAAAGGCAACCGGCGGAGGAGGAGGAUCAGGAGGAGUAGCUCCUAGCAAAACCACCAAUGAGAACAUCAGUCUGCUCAAAUCCUCACUGGAGUCCUUCUCCAUUGGCAUCGAGAAGCAGCUGCUGGCCAAGGAGGCCAGGGAGGCCAAGGAAUCGAAGGAUUCACCAGCCGGCAAUCUUGUCCAGCCGCCAGUUAGCUCCAUUCUGCGUCCCAGCAUCCUGAGCAGUGCGGUGACCAGGGAGCAGCUUCCCCCGGCGGCCACUUUCAGUCGCGAUCCACGGCUAAACAAGAACAUCCACAAGGAGCAGGGUCAGGAGCAGCAGAGCAAGGAGGUGCAGCCACCUCCCAAGGAGCAACCGCCACCGGAGGAGGAGGACAACUACCUCACCGAGAUCGCCAAGAAUGUGAACGAGAAGAUCAUGUCGGCCAAGACGAACGAGGACUUUGAGUUUGCCCACGACGAGUUCGAUGGCGAGGGAGAUCCCGACCAGGAUCAGGAUCAGGACAAGUACUAUCGCCCGCCCACCUCGAUGAGCGUGCGCAGUGCCCCCAAUCUGAAUGAUGAGCACUCGAAUUUCGGCUCCAUGUGCGAUGAUAACACGAACACCGAGGUAAUGGACAUGGAUUUGGACGAUGAGAUGAGCGUGUACACCAGUUACUCGCAGGAUUUGGGACGCGGUGGACGGGGGAGGAGGCGUAGGCGAAGGAGGAGCGUGCUGCUCACGCGACGACCCAAAAAGCGGACGCAGCGCAGCGAACUGGAUGCGGAGAAGUACGGCUGCAAGCUGUGCGGCAAGAGCUUCUUCACGGCCACCUCGCUGAGCAAACACAACAUGACUUUGGCCCACGUGUCCAAGGUGUCCGCCCAGGAGUACCUGCAGUCGCAGACGGCGCCUUCGAGUCCGCAGUCGGUGGGGGAUAAAGAGGAAAUGGAGGAAGCGAAGGAGGAGCAGCAAAUGCAGAAGGAGGAGCAGCAGCAGCAGCAGCCGGCGGAAGUAGCAGCUCCCCAGCAGAUGAGGGCUUCUGUGCUGAUGGUUCCUCCCUCACAAAUGGAAAGGGAGCGGGAGCUGCAGUUGCUUCAGGAGCAGGAGAGGCUGCAGAGGGAGCAGGAUCAUCGGGAUAACCAAGAGCAACAGCAGGAGCAGCAGCAGCAUCAUGUGAUCACCGAGGCCAGUUUGCGGCUGCAUGACAACCAGCACAGUCCCACGGCUCCCAGCGCCUCCCGGUUGAACCUGAAUCCCGAUGAGCGCCUCUUCUACGAGUGCUGCAACAUCCUCAAGAGCACCGAGACGCCGCGGGGAGUUCACCCAGGCGGAGGAGGAGUAGGAGGAGGAGCCACCACCACCUCGGUGAUUGUGACAGCUGGCAGGAAGCAACCGCCUCCGCCGCCAGCUUCGCCCUCGCCAUCGAGGUCGUCUUCCCUGCCGCCACCGGCGUCGCCUUCGCCAUCGCUGCCACCUCCAGGAUCUCCUUCGCUUUCCCUGCCGCCGCCUGCAUCACCAUCGCCCUCGCCAUCGCCGCCACCGCCGCCGCCUCCUGCUCCUCAGCCCGCACCGCCAACCGUUUGCCACCAGCCGGUCAUCCAGCAGCUGUUCCGCAAUCCGCCCGCAGUCACGCCCACCACCACGCCCACCAACCACAACCGACUCUCGCCCAGCUACUCGGCUGUGUCCCAAUUCUCGGCCACCACCACCUCCAGAUUCAAAACGAAGGCCGCGAUGAAGGGCUACGAGAAUGUGAACCUGCAGCUGGACAUGCUGGAGCUGGCCAAGUCGGGCAGGGGCGUCUGCAAGCUGACCGAAUUGGCGGACAUUGCUUUGGGUAGCGAGAAGCCGGGCGGGGAAUUUAUGCCGCAUCAUUUGCCGGCGGCUUCAGCGGUUCCAGCUGCUCCAUCUGCACGACCUGCCAUCCAACAGACGGUGAUGGUCACGGCCACUCCUCCAGUGGAGCAGCAGCAGCAGAGCUCUACGUCCUCCAAGACCAUCAUGCAUGCUUCGAUCAUCAAGGCGGCGGUUAGUUCGGCGACGCUUCCUCCGGUUUCCGGGAGGAUUAUCAUACCUGAUAGGCCUUUCAAGAACAUUGGGCUGGAGGAGAAGGCACCGAUCACCUUCCAGAAGCCCAAGACGUGCGUGAAUCUGCUGCAGGAGCAGGACAACAACAGCGUCUCGACGGCCAGCUACUCGGAUCGCGAUGAUUACGAUUUCGGAACGCUGAGUUGUGAUGGCGAUGUGGAUGCGGAAGCGGAAACGGAAGUUAGAGGCGUUGCUGCUGCAGGUCGAGUGGUUCUGCCCCAAGGAGCAGGAACAGGAAACGGAGGAGGAGGAGCAGCUGUAGCCCCGGCCAUUUCCACCUCCAGCUCCUCAUCCUCCUCCUCCUCCUCGGCGGAGAACAGCAGGAGCGGCAGCCGGAGCAGCAGCAGCAGUUCCAGCCGAGCGACGGCCAAAACCUUCGAGAACAAGUCCCUGAUCAUGGGACGGAUCUUCAAGCAUGCCAGCAGCGCCAAGGCGGCGAACGCAACGGCGGCCAUGCUGCCGGGUCCCAGUGUGGUGCCCGCGAUGGCCAAGAUCAAGGCGCUGCCCAAGAACCAGGCGAAUCUCGACCAGAUAUUCGAUGAGUUGCGCGGCGGCGGUGGAGCAGCCAAGGCAGCGGAAAUCGAAGCUCCCGCGGCUGUAAUCCAGGAAAACUGGGAGCAUCAUCACCAUCACCAGGUGGAGCCCAUGGCGGCGCCAGCAGCUCCGGCAGCUCCGGCGGCCAUGCCAGCACCCAGUGCUUUGCCACCAGGCAGAAAACCCAAGAAUUCCACAGCAAAUCCAAUUAAGAAAGCAACCAAAACUGCACCAGUUAAGGCGAAGACAAAGGCAAAGGUGACUCCCUCUGGAGCUUCCUCCUCCUCGUCCAACCGCAAGCCACGCAAGGAUCUCAGCAAGCUGCAGUCCGAGCUGGGCAUGAGUCACGAGGAGAUCGAGCAGCUGAUCGACGAGGGGCAGCGCAAGUCCAAGCGCCGCUGCGCCACCAAUCGGCCCAAGAAACUGGUGGAGACAUGGAGCUCCGACGAGUACGAGGAAUUCUUGUCCACCAAGGACAUCAUAGCCCUGAUCGAGCAGAAGGAGCAGCAGGAGCAGCGGCGCAAGAGGAAGACCAGUGAGGCAGCAGAGCCGGUGGUUCCGCCAGUCAACAGCAAGAAGGCAGUGACUCCCCAGGCGGCUGCUCCUCCAAAGCGAAAGAAUCGCGCGGGCGACAAGAAGGAGCAGGAACCAGUGGAGCAACCAAAACCGCGGGCCAGACAACGCAACCAGCCAGCAGCUCCUCCUGUUCCUCCAGUUCCUGCUCCUCCAGCUAAAAGCAAAUCCAAGGCAGCAGUGAAGAGCAGAAAUUUAGCAACUAAGGCCACCAACAAUCGCAAAAAGCGUGGCAAAGAAGUUGCCCAGGAGGAGGAGGAGGAGGAGGAGCAGGCGGAUGUGGAGCCACCGACCAGGACACGCAGUUCCAGGCAGCAGUUGCCCAAGGGAAAAGCUGAAGAGGAGCGGGAAUUAGCUCCACCACCGCCUCUGCCGAUUCAACCCGCUGCUCCUCAGGAGCCGCAAAAGGAGCGGAUAAAGGCGCCGCAUCCCAGGAGCAGCUCAGCCGCCACCACCAGCAGCACCACCACCACCGCCACCACCACGAAUACCAACAACAACAACAACAGCAGCAGCAGCAACAAGAAUCUAAAGACCAAAAGGAGAUCCCAGAAUAGCCGACAAUCGCCGGCGAGGAGAAAGCGACCGGCGAGCGAGAAGCAGCUGUACUACUGGAGCAGCUCCAGCGACGAUGAGUUCGGUCGCCUGGACGACGAGGAAGAGGCAGCCGACGGAGGAUCUCGACCAGGAGCCGGCGAGCAAAGAAGGGAGGGAGACCACCGAAUGGAAAUGGAGCCGGCGGAGGAGGAGGAGGCCUCCCCGUCGCCCGGCAAGCACUUCGAGGAGAACGAACCGUACCAGAAGCACGGCUGGAUCGUUGGCGACUCGCACAAGAAGCUAGUGAAGCUACUGGCCAUCGCCAAGGGCAGCAAAAAGGUGGACAACUGCGGCGUCAAGCGGCGCACGCCCAAGCGCAAGUGCUAGGGAGGAUUAGGAGAAGGAGCAGGACAAGUCAUAGCCAUAGGCGCAGUCGGCGCGGGCAGCCGACGACCCAUCGCCGCCAUCGAUCACAUACAUACAUACGUACUGCCAUUGUGUCAUCGUUAAGCGUUAAGGUUCCGGCGCGCCAGGAGGGGAUUAGUGGAGUCACCAGGAGCCACUGGAGCCACCUAAGGCCUCCUCCUGGCCCCCCGGUUACCAUUAACCGUAUGCGGAGUAUAUGCAACAUAUUUUUCUUUCUUUUAAACAUCUAAGCGUUACAUUAUUUAGGUUUUUUUUUAUUAAAUGUAUUUAUAAUUAAUAAACAAAACAAAAACAGA